UGGAGGAGAAGAUGAAGAUCAUGGUGGCAGUGAAGCGCGUCAUCGAUUAUGCCGUGAAGAUCCGAGUGAAAUCCGAUAAGAGUGGAGUGGAGAUGAGCAAUGUCAAGAUGUCGAUGAAUCCGUUCUGUGAGAUUGCGGUGGAGGAGGCUCUGCGGAUCCGUGAAGCUGGUGCUGCGUCCGAGGUCGUCGCCGUGUCCGUUGGACCUGCACAGUGUGCUGAUACUCUCCGCACGGCUCUCGCCAUGGGUGCUGACCGUGCUAUUCAUGUUGACUCCGGUUCGCUUGGCCUGGUUCUCCCACUCUCUGUUGCCAAAAUUCUCAAAGCACUUGCUGAGAUUGAACGCCCUGGACUUAUGAUCCUCGGCAAGCAGGCAAUAGAUGAUGAUUGCAAUCAAACUGGGCAGAUGGUUGCAGGAUUGCUUAAUUGGCCACAAGGAACUUUUGCCUCAAAGGUUCUGUUGGACAAGGAAAAGCAAGUAGCAACAGUUGAAAGAGAGGUGGAUGGCGGACUUGAGACUCUCUCUUUAGAUUUACCUGCAGUAAUCACCACGGAUCUACGUUUGAAUCAGCCAAGAUAUGCUACACUUCCAAACAUAAUGAAAGCAAAAUCAAAGGUCAUUAAGAAGGUCACUCUUGAAGAACUGAAUGUGGAGAUCAAGUCUGAUUUGGAGGUUGUUCAAGUGACCGAGCCCCCUAAAAGGAAAGCUGGGGUCAUCAUCUCAUCGGUCGACGAGCUCAUUGACAAGUUGAAGAACGAAGCCCGGGUAUUAUGAACUUUUUUUCACUGCCCAAUCUGAUCAUUUCUCAGAUAUCACACACAAGCUGCAUAACUACAACCUGCUGAAAUCUUUUGUCUCUGAUAUCAAUAAUUCAAUGGCCAAGAAUUUGCAACAGAGGGGGCAGCCCAGCUAAAAUCAGUAUGUCCAUCGUAGCACACCUCUCCAUAUGUAUGAUUAGUACCUGAUGCAUUCAUGAAACUCUUGACGACAUUUGUUUCUUCACAAAUGAUUUACCCAUGCUUGGUCAACAAUUUUUGUCAAAUAGCAUGAUAUCUUCUUGGAAAACGUUGAAACAAUUAUUUAAAUGAAUGGCUGUGCUUUCUUGUUAUUA